UUGCACAGCAGGCCUGCCAGUCAGCCUGCAGGAUCAAACUAAACCAUUUGGGGCACUCGGCCUCGACUCUGCGACCCCAUUUCGACAUUCGGCAAGCGUGCAACAUCUGAUUAUCAUCUUGAUGAGCGCUCCCCGGGCGAGCCAAGAGUCCAGCAAGCCCCAUCACACUAUAAGUGAUGGAUUCUGCGUGUGGUCCAGGCGGGUUUUCAAAGCCAACAGUUCCAAAAACUGACUUCUCAUAGGUACCGACUUCCCUUUUGGGCAUUCGGGGGAGGAUGAUGACCGUGUAGAAGUUAUAUGGAGCUUUGACUGUGAAAUGAAGAGUCAGUGAUAGCUCAAAGAUGGGGAUAACAUUUUGAGGCACGUUCGGAAUGUUAUAAGAAAACUCUCUUCCGGCAUCUCGAUUGAAUCAAGUGUCCCCUUUUGGACAAAACAGAUGCAUCUGGUGUCCUGAUACCUACCACGCAAGGCCCGAAAUUUCCAACAACCUGCAGUCCUGUGGAGGGAGCCCAUAGUCAGCUAGACAGAGGCAACAGUGUGCAUGGUGACGUCUCGUUCGAGACAGGCCUCACCGAAAUCGGCGGGAAACACUAUGGAACACGACCUUUUGGGAGUGGGUGCUUGGGCAAUCCCCUAUCAUGAAGUCACAGUCCCGUCUUCUGUCGAGAUAGGCACGGCACAGGGUGGCAACGAAUUUAGCUUCAGGGCCAAGUCAAUAUUAUGCAAACAAUACGUCCACGCCAUCAUGCUACCCCCCGACAGUUCCCAACUUUGCACCACAGCUACAUCCUAUGAUGCGAGACGAAGGAUUAGUCUAGAGCACCAUGUGCAGCUCGAAAGGAGGAGAGCCGAAUAUGGCAUGCUGGAGCGAUACUUGGAAGAGAUGAGCCAUCCGUUAAUCUUUUCUCAAUAACGAAGCUGAACACAAAGAACCGAAUCGAGGGUGGA